AAGCGCCUCAGUCAGAGCGAGAAAGUGCUGGGGCGGCGGGGUUACGGCUGCUCCGCCCGAAACUUCUGAGUAACAUCAACAGGGGGAGGGGAGGGCGGGCGGCGGUGGAGGAGGAGGAGGAAGGUGGUGGUGGGGGGAAGGUUAGCCAGCAGCGCAGCCCUAUCCGCCUCUCCCUCACAAACCAGCCUGUGUUGGGCUGAGCAGGCCCCUCACACAAAGGAGGGCAGGGCAGGCAGGGCUGCCCCCCCUUCCCCCCCGCCUCGGCAGAGGGGCAGCGGGGAGGCGCCCUUCCCCGUGCACAGCACUCACAGCCACUUACUCCUCUCCCGUCCCCCGUCUUCUCUCUCCCCCUUUCCCCCCCACCCCGCCCAACGGUUCUCCCUUCAGCCCCCUGCCCGCUGUCCAUGUAGCCGCCCGGCCGCCGGCCCUCCGCACUAUGCCCAUCUUACUCUUCCUGAUAGACACGUCCGCCUCCAUGAACCAGCGCACCCAUCUGGGCACCACCUAUCUGGACAUAGCCAAAGGCGCUGUAGAGACUUUCAUGAAGCUCCGAGCCCGGGACCCGGCCAGCAGGGGAGACAGGUACAUGCUGGUCACUUUCGAGGAGCCUCCCUACGCUAUCAAGGCUGGCUGGAAGGAAAACCAUGCAACGUUUAUGAAUGAACUGAAGAACCUUCAAGCUGAAGGACUUACAACUCUUGGCCAGUCCCUAAGGACAGCUUUUGAUUUAUUAAACUUAAAUAGAUUAGUAACUGGCAUAGACAACUAUGGGCAGGGUCGAAACCCUUUUUUUCUGGAGCCAGCAAUAAUUAUUACAGUUACUGAUGGAAGUAAAUUAACCACUACCAGUGGGAUACAGGAAGAGCUCCAUUUACCUCUCAAUUCCCCUUUACCUGGAAGUGAGUUGACUAAGGAACCCUUUCGAUGGGAUCAGAGGUUGUUUGCUUUGGUUCUUCGUUUGCCUGGUAUUACAGCACCAGAAUCGGAGCAAAUGACAGGAGUACCAGUGGAUGACUCUGCAAUCACACCUAUGUGUGAAGUCACAGGAGGUCGAUCAUAUUGUGUGUGCUCUCCAAGAAUGCUGAAUCAGUGUCUUGAGUCGUUGGUGCAAAAAGUGCAAAGUGGAGUGGUAAUCAACUUUGAAAAAGCUGGACCGGAUCCCUCACCAAUUGAUGAUGGGCAGGUGGAGAUAUCUAGACCCUUUGGACCCCAACCUUGGCACAGCUGUCACAAACUUAUUUAUGUCAGACCAAACCCUAAAACUGGGGUUCCUAUAGGUCACUGGCCUGUUCCUGAAUCCUUUUGGCCGGAUCAAAAUUCUCCAACGCUGCCACCUCGCACAUCUCAUCCUGUGGUGAAAUUUUCCUGUACUGACUGUGAACCAAUGGUCAUUGACAAACUACCUUUUGAUAAAUAUGAAUUAGAACCUUCACCAUUGACCCAGUUUAUCCUGGAAAGAAAAUCUCCUCAGACCUGCUGGCAGGUAUAUGUGAGCAAUAGUGCAAAGUACAGUGAACUUGGUCAUCCUUUUGGUUACUUGAAAGCGAGUACAGCACUGAAUUGUGUGAAUUUAUUUGUGAUGCCUUACAAUUAUCCAGUCCUCCUUCCACUGCUAGAUGACUUGUUUAAAGUACACAAGGCAAAGCCUACAUUGAAAUGGCGUCAGUCAUUUGAAAGCUAUUUGAAGACAAUGCCCCCUUAUUAUCUUGGGCCUUUGAAGAAAGCUGUGAGAAUGAUGGGAGCACCAAACCUUAUAGCUGACAAUGUGGAAUAUGGACUUAGUUACAGUGUCAUUUCAUAUCUCAAAAAGUUGAGUCAGCAGGGGAUUACUGGGGAAAUUCCUCAUAGACCUCUAGACCUCAAUAUGAAGGAGUAUGCUGGGUUCCAAAUAGCUUUGCUGAAUAAGGAUUUGAAACCUCAGACUUUUAGAAAUGCUUAUGACAUACCCAGAAGAAAUCUUUUGGAUCAGUUAACACGAAUGAGAUCUAAUUUACUGAAGAGUACUCGCAAGUUCCUGAAAGGACAAGAUGAAGAUCAAGUUCACAGCAUACCUAUAGCACAAAUGGGAAACUACCAGGAGUAUCUAAAACAAAUACCUUCUCCACUCCGAGAACUUGAUCCUGAUCAACCACGGAGGCUUCAUACAUUUGGCAAUCCAUUCAAAUUGGACAAAAAGGGAAUGAUGAUAGAUGAAGCAGAUGAAUUUGUAUCAGGACCUCAGAAUAAACAUAAAAGACCUGGAGAACCAAAUAUGCAGGGGAUUCCAAAAAGACGGCGCUGUAUGUCCCCCCUGCUCAGAGGCCGACCACAAACUCCUCCAGUUGUGAAUAACCACAUUGGAGGAAAAGGGCCACCAACACCAAUUGCACAAGCACAGCCUGACCUUGUUAAACCUAUUGCUAUUCACAGAACAUCAGAAACAAAUAAUGAAGUUGCAAUUGAUGAUGUCAUUGAGAAUCACGUUACAGGCCCACUUUCAUCAGAUGUUUUCCCAAAUUCUGCGGAUUCAGAGUUUUCACUGUCUUCUUCGCCAUUCAAUUCUUUGGAUCGACCAACAGCUCAUACAGAUGAUGUGGUCCGUGAGCAUUUAGGGAAUAAUUUGAAUGUUGAUGGGUUUUUGGAGAAUCAUGAGGAAUCAGGUAGUAAAGAGCAAAGUACUGAAGAGAACUUCCCAAUGUCUUCACCCAACAAAGGGAAAAAACCAGUUCAUUGCAGAAGUUCCAGAGAGAUCAAUAUAGACCUAAGAGCACAAAUUAUGAAAGAGAUCCGAAAACCAGGAAGGAAGUAUGAAAGAAUCUUCUUUUUACUGAAACAUGUACAAGGAAGCUUACAAACCCGACUGAUAUUUUUACAGAAUGUUAUUAAAGAAGCUUCAAGGUUUAAAAAACGGAUGCUAAUAGAACAGCUUGAGAGUUUUCUGGAAGAAAUCCAUCGCAGAUCCAAUCAGGUCAACCAUAUCAACAGCAGCUAGGAAACUGCACACAAGAGAAAGCCACAGCAGGGCACUGCUGUCCUUAAUUGCAUUCAUUUUUGACAUGCACUCUUAUCUCCAAGUUCCUGUACCUGAAAGAAUGAGCUGCUCUAUAAAAUGAUGAGAAGAGUAUCCAUCAUCUUUCUUUUUUUUUUUCCACUUCUGUUAUUUUUGUAAUGUGAAAAAUACUACGAAAACACUUUUAUUUAACUAAAUGGAGAACUUCUUGCUUGUCAUGGACAUAAGUGUCACUUUCCCUCAGGUUCUAUUUUUCUUAAUCCAACCUUCAAAACUAUCACCUCUUAAGGUUGAACUUUGCCAAAAAGUUGCUUUGUAAUUUUCAAAAAAAAAAAAGCACAUACAUUAAGCAAGGUAAUGUUUUGUAUAUACAGUUAUUUUGGAUAUAUUAUUGUAAGUUGUAUAAAUGUAUUUUGAAAAAUAUUUAAGAAAAGCACUUUUGUUAUUCCAUCAAUAAAAUCUCUAUUUUAAUC